CGAACCCGAACCCGAACCCGAUUUAACAAAAUAGACAUUGAGAGGAGUCGACUCGGGAGUCGGCAGCAGGGAACUAGUCUCCGUCUUACUGACACUCUGACAGACCAACCCGCCUCACUCUGUCUAUCACUCACCGUGCAGUUGCGAAAUGUGCUCAUUUUCUGAUUGAAGGUGCUGAUGGACGCUCAGCUUCUUUCUUUUAACCGAAUCAAUUGUUUCUUGAAGCCACAUAUAUCUCGAAGUUUGCAAACAGUUCGUUCUACCAAAUUCAAUCAAUUCGUUGCAGGACUUAAUUGUAGCAGAAUAAAGUGCUCGAUGAAGUCGUAUAGCUUAUCUGAACUUACUCCUACUGAGGUAGAAAGCCUCAAAGCUCGUCCUCGCAUAGAUUUCUCCUCUAUUUUUGGAAUGGUUAACCCUAUUAUUGAUGAUGUUCGCAACAAAGGCGAUGCAGCAGUCAAAGACUACACUGCAAAGUUUGACAAGGUGAAUUUGGACAAGAUUGUUGAUAAUGUUGCUGACCUCCCUGAUCCAGAGCUUGAUACAACAAUUAGAGAAGCAUUUGACGUCGCAUAUGAUAACAUCUAUGCAUUUCACCUUGCUCAAAAGUCAGUAGAAAAAAGUGUUGAGAAUAUGAAGGGCGUACGAUGCAAACGGGUACCAAGGAGCAUUGGUUCUGUUGGUCUUUAUGUACCUGGGGGAACUGCUGUUUUACCGUCAACAGCUCUGAUGCUUUCGGUUCCUGCACAAAUUGCUGGAUGCAAAACUGUUGUUCUUGCUACCCCCCCAAGUCGUGAUGGCAGCAUCUGCAAGGAGGUACUCUAUUGUGCUAAGAAAGCUGGUGUAACUCACAUCCUUAAAGCCGGAGGAGCUCAGGCAAUAUCUGCCAUGGCAUGGGGGACUGAAUCUUGCCCAAAGGUCGAGAAGAUUUUUGGACCUGGAAAUCAGUUUGUUACAGCUGCAAAGAUGAUACUCCAAAACAGUGAAGCAAUGGUUUCAAUUGACAUGCCAGCUGGUCCUUCAGAAGUUUUGGUCAUUGCUGACAAAUAUGCCAGUCCUGUUCAUAUAGCUGCAGAUUUGCUUUCGCAGGCUGAGCAUGGCCCUGAUAGCCAGGUUGUUCUUGUAAUUGCUGGCGAUGGUGUGGAUUUGAAAGCCAUUGAGGAGGAAAUUAGUAAGCAGUGCCAAAGCCUUCCCAGGGGAGAGUUUGCUUUGAAAGCUCUAAGCCACAGCUUCACUGUUUUUGCUCGAGAUAUGGUUGAGGCAGUCACUUUUUCAAACAUGUAUGCCCCUGAGCAUCUAAUCAUUAAUGUGGAAGAUGCAGAAAAAUGGGAGGGUUUCAUUGAGAAUGCAGGUUCUGUGUUCUUGGGGCAGUGGACGCCGGAGAGUGUUGGAGACUAUGCAAGUGGGACUAACCACGUCCUCCCAACAUAUGGCUACGCACGCAUGUAUGGUGGUGUAUCUUUGGACUCUUUCUUAAAGUAUAUGACAGUGCAAUCUUUGACAGAGGAAGGACUCAGGAAACUUGGCCCUCAUGUGGCCAUCAUGGCUGAAGUUGAGGGGCUGGAAGCCCAUAAGCGAGCUGUAACUCUUCGCCUCCAGGAUAUUGAAUCCAGGCAGAUUCCCAGUACAAGAUGAUGUCCAUUAGACAGCUUCCGUGCUGACUUUCAUCCCUGAGAUAUGGUUGUGUUUUGCGGUAUCUUGACAUUUAAUUUAAAUGACACCAAUGUACAAUCUUAGCAGCUGGUGGUGAUUCACAAUGUUGUUAACUUCUGUAAUGAUAUUGACACAAUACCAAUGGCAGAAACCUGUUUUCACA